AUGGAUCUCUCUAAUGGCGAUGGGGACUGGGAAACUCCUGAAGGCAGCUACUGGGCAGCAGUGGUCAUUGAAGGCAGCACUGGUGGAGGAUUCCUUACAGACAACAGCAGUGACACUCAUGCUAAGUCUGCUAUCAUCAUAGUGGUAGUCCUACUCUUAGUGUGGGUUUUCCAGCCAAGAGGAGAAAUGCCCAUGGUGUGUGAGAACCAACCACAGAAGAUGGGAUUGGAAGAGAAAGGACAGGAUGUUCGCAGCCUGGUAUUUGCAGAGUUAUCUCCAGGAGAGCUGAUUGAAGUGAAGAGGUACUUGCAACACAACUUGGGGGUGCCGUUAGUUGAGCCCUCUCAAGCCAAGCCAUCUGACAACUGCCUCUAUUCCAUCACCCUUCAGCUUCCUCCCAAAGCAGAGGUGUUGAAAUAUUUGGACUAUCAAGGGCACAGGCCUGCCCGGCAAGCUCUGGCUAGGAUUCAUUUUGGAAAUCAGAGGGAGCCCAAUGUCACUGAAUUUGUGGUGGGUCCCAUUCCAAAGCCAAUGUACCACCAAGAUGUUACAGUGCAGAAGUAUGGAGGAGCAUUGCCUUACUCUAGAAGAUUUGUUUUGAAUAAUGAGUUCGAAGAAUUGCAUACCUUUCUGAAGCAGAAGGAAUAUCCCAAAGCUCCAAACUUUAUGCAAAAGGUACUUGAGUACAAUGGAAGCAAUUUAAUAUACACCCAUGGAAUGCCACCAGGAUUCAAAUCAGGAGACCGCAAACUUUGGAUGGCACAUUACCAGAACGUCUCUGGCUUUUAUCUGCAUCCACUUGGCUUAGAGAUCCAUGUGGAUAUAAGUAGCCAGGAUGUUUCUCAGUGGAAGGUGCUAAACGUGUUCUAUAAUGGACAAUAUUUUGAGAAUAUGGAUGAUAUUGAGAGAAAAUUCAAUGAGGGGCAAGUUAAAGUAGUCAAGGUUAAAAAGGCUCCUCCUGAUGGGGGAUAUGCAUCGCUGAAGCCAAGAGUGCCACCCAAGGGUCCAGGGCCUUUGCACUACAUACCUCGUGGACCACGUUACACCAUCACCGAAAACCAAGUUGGCUUCAUGUCCUGGAGCUUUGUCUUUGGAAUAGAUGGAUUCAAGGGACCACGUGUCUUUGACGUCAGGUUUAAAGGUCAGAGGAUAGUCUAUGAGUUAAGCUUGCAAGAUGCAAGUGCUAUCUAUGGCUCCAACAGUCCCUCAUCAAUGCUCACCAGAUACAUGGACUUAAGCUAUGGUAUUGGAAAACAUGCCUCCACACUGACCCGUGGUGUAGAUUGUCCUUACUUAGCUACUUAUUUAGACAGUCAAUAUUUUAUUGAUACUUCAUUGCCUGUUAUCCGCAAAAACUCCAUUUGCAUCUUUGAGGAGAAUGCAGAGGGACCUGUACGACGCCAUUUUGACAAUGUACAAGCACCAUUUUAUGGAGGCUUGGUUGAUUCCUCUCUGGUCUUCAGAUCUAUAUCUUCAGUUAGUAACUAUGACUAUAUCUGGGACUUUAUUUUUCACCAAAAUGGGGCUGUUGGUGUUAGGGUUCAAGCCACUGGGUAUAUUACAUCUGCUUUUUACUUUGGUGAUGCUGCAGAAUUUGGCAACCGAGUUGAACAGUGGGUGCUAGGAACAAUUCACACUCACAAUAUGCACUUCAAAGUGGAUAUGGACAUUGGUGGUGUUAAAAAUUCACUGCUAGCCAAUGACAUGGCCUUUGAGACUGUGAAGGCCCCUUGGAGUCCAGAACAUACGAUCAACCAAAUGAGGAGGAUAAGGAAAACCUUAGAUACUGAGGACAAAGCUGCUUUCCGCCUUCAUGAUGAUAUCCCCAGAAUCAUAUAUUUUGCAUCCAACAGUACAAACCGAUGGGGCCAUCAACGUGGCUACCGGAUCCAGAUAGUCAGCUUUUCUGGAGAACACCUACCAGAAAAAGAUCCGAUGGAACGAGCCAUCAGCUGGGGCAGGUACAAGCUGGCUGUCACUAAGCGGAAAGAGAAGGAACCAUUCAGCACCAGCAUCUAUAACCAGAUUGACCCAUGGACACCUUCAGUUGCCUUUGCGGACUUUCUAAACAACGAGAGCAUUGUCAAUGAGGACCUUGUUGCCUGGGUCACGACUGGCUUCCUGCAUAUUCCACAGGCUGAAGAUAUACCCAACACACCAACACUUGGAAACAUGAUUGGCUUCCUCUUGAGACCCUACAACUAUUUUGAUGAAGACCCCUCCAUGUAUUCUCCAGACAGUGUUUUCAUGUGCAGCCAGCAGGACCCCACUUCCUGUGAAGUCAACCAUCUUGCCUGCCUGGCAGAAACAGCUGCAUGCUUGCCCAACUUUCCUCCUUUCACUUAUGAGGGCUUCUGAAACAUAAAAGAGUACUGGUACCUUUUGGUCUUUGGAUGGAUGAUCAUUUUUUGAGUCAGAAGUUGGAGGGCAAACA